AUGACGUUGUGUUCGGGAAGCGAUAAUAGUCGUGCUGAGCUACAAGAUGAGAACCGCAUAGAACAACUGCGUAAACAAUACGAGAAUUGUACGCGUGUUUAUGGCAAUCUUGAGAUUACACACAUUCGAAGAGAGCAUUUGAAUGGAACUGAUCCAGAGCAGUUGUUCUCAUUCUUAGAUCAUAUUCAACAGAUAACCGGCUACUUGUUAAUCUAUUCGAAUGAAUUCGAAAGUAUCACACUGCGGAAUCUGGAAAUCAUUUGGGGUGACGUUCGGCACGAAGACGUCGCGGCUGUACAUAUCAUUAAUAAUAAAAAUUUGAAGUAUAUUAAUUUGCCAAAAUUGAGAAGUGUCGAGCGGGGCUUCAUUGUUUUAUCAAGCAAUGAUUAUUUGUGCAACUGGGAGCAAACAGUUCUAUUCAGUGAGAUCGCCGACGAGUCAAGACUUCGAUUUGAUGCGAAUAAUUUUGGAAGUUGCAAUUCAUCACUGGAAUGUGCUCCAGAAUGCAAUGGGCAUUGUUGGGGAUGUGGUGCAGACAAAUGUCAAACAAUAUACCGUAGCAUAUGUCCAAAGAAGUGUGCUUCUGGAAUGUGCUAUCUUAAAGGCAACGAUACCGGAUGCUGUGACACAUCGUGCGCUGCUGGCUGCUACGGUCCAGGGAAAGAUGAGUGCAUUGGAGCACACUGUGUUGUUCACUGCAGAGAAGGCUAUUGGCAUGAUCCAGACAAGAAUACGCGUGUAUGCGAGAAAUGUCCAAAGGGUAUUUGCCCGAAAACUUGUGUUCUUAACGAACCUAUCGAUGCGAUUAAUAUCAAAAAUCUUCAAAAUUGCACUCUCAUAGAGGGUUAUAUUAAAUUAUUACGACACACCUUCGAACCGCAUAGAAAAUUUGUUUCGAUUAUUCAGCCGAUCACUUCAACGCAGGUUCCUGCGCUAACUGAAGAAAUGCUCGAAGCAUUAAGUAGUGUUAAAGUGGUCACGGAAUAUGUGGACAUUCAAGCUGGUGAAUACACACCACGUUCCUUAAAUUUUUUGCGUAAUCUCGGAACAAUAGAGGGCAGAAAGUUAUCAGAUAAUCAUGCUUUAUCGAUAAGUAAUAACCUGAAUUUACGUCAACUGGGAUUACGAUCAUUGAAAAGGAUUAGCAAUGGUAGAGUCUACAUUGGCUCGAAUAUGAAUCUUUGCUAUGUGGACACGAUGAAUGAUUCUUGGCCGAGGAUAAUUGAAAUGAUCGUUGAAGAUGGUGGCACAAAUUUGUCGCAUGUUUGUGAUAAGGCUUGUAAACAGAACGCUGGGUGUUGGGGUAGUGGUCCAACGAUGUGUCUUGAAUGUGAGCGUUUUGAUAUGGGUGACAGAUGUGCUAAUCAUUGUCCCAAAGUCGGUUUUUACAUAGAAGAUGAUAAAAAGUGUAAGAGGUGCGAUGACGAAUGCGUGACAUGUAACGGUGAGACGGCAUUGAAUUGUACAAAGUGCAAACAUGUCGCAUUACAGCAAGGAGGUGGUAUUGAGUGUCUUGCAAAGUGUCCAGCAACACAUUACCAAGAUGCUAACACUUGCCUACCUUGUAAUGCUGCAUGCUAUGAUUUCGGUUGUACCGGUGCUGGUAGUAAUUUGGGAGCUGGUGGUUGCAAUAAAUGUUUACAUGCGAAACGAGUGUGUCGAACAUGUGAUCGUUACGAAUGUCUCAUAUCUUACGGUAAACCGAAAGAAGUAUGUAUGGAUAACAACCUCACCAACUACUAUACAACGUCUGGCAGAGCUUACGUGGAGCAGUUUGAAUGUGAGGAAUGCUUGCCAGAAUGUCUUACAUGCACCGGCUAUGGUACUUCGGUUCAUUAUCAUAAAUGCAAAUGCGCACAUUAUUUAACUCGGACAAGUCACACCAUUAACGAUUACUGCACAAUGGAGUGCGAUCGUACAAAUUCCUACUUGGUAAGAAAUGAAUCGGCAGAUGGAAUUGGUGAAUGUCGUACGUGUCAUGAAUAUUGUGAUCAGAAUAGCGGUUGUAGUGGUGAUACACCAUUUGAUUGCUCGAAAUGCGCCCAUGCGGCGAUUUACACGGAUCAGAAUGUCAAAGUUAGUGGGAAUGCAUGCAUUGUUUUUCAUCUCUUUCUAACACUCUGUAUUGAGGCGUGUCCCGCGGAUAAGCCUUACCAAACGGAUGACAAGUUAUGUCAAUCACUGGAUCCGAUCGCGGUCAGGGCACGAACGGAACGAAGGACUGCUAUUGUUGCCAUGUUCGGUGCUGCGAUGAUAUUUGUUAUUGUUGCGGUAUUGAUGUGGAAAUGUUACAAAUACAAACGACAAUAUAAAAAGGAGGUCCAAAUGAAUCUCCCCGUGUUACCUGAAUGUGAACCAAUGGACCCAAAUGUUAAGCCGAAUAUGAGUCGAUUAUGUCUCAUCUCAAGUGAACACCUUUCAAAAACAUCGCGACCACUUGGCAAAGGUGCCUUUGGAAUUGUAUAUGCGAUGCGCUUAUGUGUUUACCAGUUAAUUUGCUCCAAAUAUUUCUCAAAAUAUUCAUGCUUGCUACUCGUUCAAUGUAUGCGUUUUCCAGGUUGGCUGCCAAAUCCGGAAUCACGACCGAGUUUUAUACUAUUAAAGGAAAAAUUCAAGCAGUUUUGUUCUUGUCCGGAUAUUUACGUUUUGGAUCCGCAUCGUCCACGGCAGACUGAAGCGUUAAACUGUGGUGAUCAACAUGAACUGAUCAAUGAAUUGUUAGAGGAUAACGAUUUCACGGACCCAUUAGAAUACUUUGAUCAUCACCCUGAUCACAUGCUCACAAAUACUACGCUUAUUCCAAAUACGCCGACGUCACCAACUUGGAGUACUAAUAAUAACGACAAUAAUCGAAUAGACGAUAAAAGCACCAACGAUUCGACUUUGUCACCGUGUAGCAAUACAUUUUUGACAAGGCGUGAUCAACGGCUCGUAAGUACCGAUUCGCAACGGUAUCAAAGCGAGCCGAUACCCGGUCGUCGUCAAGAGAUUGGAAUGGACGAAGGUAACUAUCUUGUACCAACCACGAAGCAAUCAGCGGCACUCCUUUACACACCGAUCGUUGUUCUAGAGAAUGGUGAAACAGAGUUAAUGAAGAGCUCAGAGUAUUGCAACGAUAAAGCCGGUACAUAUUACUACAAUGAGUUCAAGGAACCAGAUAUGGAGCAGGAGAAAGUAGUGAGUUCGAAUUGUGAUGUUCUCGAGAAUAAGUCGUACUUCGAGAGCGAGACAACUCUUUGA